GAACGCAUCCACAGAGAGAAUCGUUUGUUAUCUCUGUUAUCGUACUACUGCUUGUUUCGCUGUCUUCACUUUUCGAUGAAUCCAGUGUUAUUUCGUCAAGUAAUUAAAAAAGAACAAGAUCACUUGUUGGUUCCGCCUUUUUGUAAUCGCACCAAAUCCAACAUGAUGUGAACGCAACCAGUGUCACCGCGUUCACUUCAAAUCGAACACGUUUUAGCGUUAUUAGCAUUAUUAAGGAUGAUGAAGCGGUCCAGUUGAGUCAAAUGACGGUUUACGAAAUAAUUUUUUCCGAAGGCCCGCAAAAUUGAUUAUGAGGCACAAAUAGAUGCUUUAGAUGAUAUUGCUCUAUAAAAUAUAUAGUUUGUUUGCGUAUUUAUUCUUUUUAAUAUUUUUAUUAAACGAAAAAGAAUUUUUUUUUCGUCAUUACCAACUUCAAAAAGUCUAUCAUUCACGAGUGUUAUUAUGGAAAUAACUGUUUCAGUGAACAUUUUAUGUAAUUUAAAAUGAACUCCAGAGAGUCAUUUAUAAUAACAUCUACUUCUAUUCAUGUCACAGAAUUAUUUAUUGUGACUUUUUAUUAAUAUUAAAUGUAUCCAAGACAAGGCAACAUCGCGAAUUUUGAGGUUGGCAACACUGCUCGCUUACGAUUUGGACUGCGUACAGCACGUUGAAUAUUCUCAACGUAAACAAACAUGUCGGUGCUGGACGACCGUCCACGUGAUAAGUUCGGAAAGUUUACAACCAAAAAGAAACUACAAUGGAAAGAAAAUAUUGUGAUCGCAAAUAAAAGACGAAAAAUUAUCAGUGAGCGUGCAAAUGAUUUGAUUGUUGACGGUCGUCGUAUAGUGGAAAUAAAGAGGUUAGCUGAGGAUAUGUGGUGUUCGACGUGUGAUGCUCCGCUUUCAUUUCGAUACAUUGAGGACGAAAAAAUAAUCGGGCUAGCUAGCAUCUUUUAUGUGAGAUGUCAGCUAUGCCUCCUACUUUUAGAGGUUCGAACAAGUAAAGGUCAUAAACAGGAUAAUUAUACGCACUUUGAUAUCAACGUUAAAAAUUCUCUUGCUAUGAUUGACGCAGGCGUUGGUAUUAGUCAAUUGAACAGCAUUUUUUCAGCGUUGAAUAUCCCCAUAGUUAGUGGCACGUUAGUCAAACGAAAUGAACGGCAUGUUGGUAAAGCAUUGGAGAAACUGGCACGCGAAACGUGUAGGGAAGCAGUCAAACUUGAAAGGGAACUGACUCAAACCACCACGUUAUCAAGUGAUCAGCAGCCAUCAUACCAGUCCGAGCAAGAUGUAGUGCCAUUAAAAGUCUCCUUCGAUACGGGGUGGCAGAAGAAGGGAUCGGGACGAUCUUAUAACAGUUUAACUGGACAUGGCAUUGCAGUAGGAUCCAAAAGUGGUAAAGUGCUCGCUUACGGGACGAAAAAUAAGCGAUGCAUUCGCUGUGAAAAAGGACAUAAACCAAGUGAUCAUGAUUGUCGACUAAAUCACACGGGGAGUUCGAAAUCUAUGGAAGGUGCAAUUGCUGUGGAAAUAUUGGCCAAAAACUCAAUGUUCGUAGAAGAGGGAGUUGUUAUUGGUACUCUCAUCGGUGAUGAUGACUCAUCGACUAUCGCCCAAGUUCGACGCGAGUCAGACCAUCCAGUUGAAAAAGAAUCAGAUAAAAAUCAUGCAGUCUGCACUCUCAGCAAAAAUAUGUGGGCGUUGAAAAUCCCCGGAAAAGUGAUUGAAUACAUAAAGUAUUGCUUUGGCUGCGUACUAAUAAAGAAUAAGGGCAAUGAGGAAGCUGUAAGAAGAGGGAUUUUAAAUAUAGUUCCACACGCCUUCGAUGACCAUUCCAAUUGCUGUCGUUCUUGGUGCGGAUUCGUUGACAACCCCGAAAAUUACAAGCACAAGAUUCUACCAGACGGAAAAGGUUUGACCGAUGUGAACAUGAGAGCUUCCCUCACUGCAAUUUUGACAAAGUUUGCAGCUAACUCAAAACGUCUUGCUCCCUGUGGUUCGACCCAAGCAAACGAGUCAUUCCACAACAUAUCUCUCAGCAAAACCACUAAACGAUGUCAUUAUGGUGGAUCCGAGUCGAAUGAUUUUCGCGUGGCCUCAGCGGUUUGCCAAAAAAAUCACGGGACUUCUUACGUGGUAGAAGCCAAUAUGAAGCUUUCUCUGUCACCGGGCAAAUAUACAAAAACUCAUCGAGAAAAGAAAGACAAAAUGCGAAUCAGCCGAGCGCUUGCUGCUACAACCGUUGAGAAGAAGCGUCGUCGUCGGCAACUACACCGCUUGCGUCAUUCAAAAAAUGUCGUUUCCGAAAAUAAAGAAGGAAUCACGUACUUAUCUGGAAGCGGAUUCCAUUCAUUCGAUGAUAAUAAUAAUGAUUUCACUCAAUCGAACGAGUCGAUUCCAAACGAUAGCCGUUACGCAUUUUUUGAUGUGGAGACAACGGGACUUUCGAAAUCAAGCGAAAUUGUACAGCUUUCCGCCAAGAUUGAUGAUAGAGAAUUUGAUGCAUAUUUAGUGCCUACAUGCGGUUUUGCCCCUACUGCAUCUCUUGUUACAGGUUUAAGUGUUGAAGAAGGAGUGCUGUAUCGAAAUGGCGUGAAGAUGGCUACGAAAUCACGGACUUUGACAAUAAAAUCAUUUAUAGAUUUCUUGUCACCUGGACCGGUAAUACUUAUUGCCCACAACGGGGGACGAUUCGAUGCUCCUUUACUCAUCAAACAAGUGCAAAUUUUGGGAUUAAUGGACAAUUUUCUCUCUGUAGUCUGCGGAUUUUGUGAUACGCUGCCUCUUUUUAAAAAAAUGUUACCAGAUAGAGUAAAAAGUAAAGGAUCUUUCAGUCAAACAGCUUUAGCUGAGGAUUUCAUUGCAAUCGGAUCAUCAGCCGGUGCUCACAAUAGUAUGGUCGACGUGAUUACGUUAGAGAAUAUUGUAAAAAUUGUAGGUGUCACUGAAGAAAAUCUCCGAUCCAAUGCCGUGACUGUUAAAUCAAUAAUCACACAGGAAAUUCAAGCUGCGAAAACUGCAGACAUUAAAAAGGGAUUAGAUUGUCUCAAAAAUGGGGUUUCGAUAGGAAUGUUAACCAAAAUAGCGAAGGCUGGGAUAACCAUCGAAAACCUGACAAAAUCACUCCUCGAUGGUGGUGAAGAUGCGGUGGUAAUGCUAUUGGGGGUUGAUGUGAACGGUCGACCUCGAGUAACCAAAAAUAAACGCGUUCUGCAAAACUUAAUAGCAGAGUUGAAAAAGUAUCCCUGAAAAUGCCCACUUCAAUAAACGGUUCCGUAACUUAAUUACAUCAUUAUAAUUAUAAUUGUACGAUGUAAAACGGUCUAUUAAAAAAUAUAUAUAAUAUUGUUGAAUUUUGAAAUGAAUAUAAAAAAUAAAGAUAUGAAAUUUAUCGCAAAGUGAAAUGAAAAUGUUGUAAGUU